AUGACAGAUUUCUACGAACCGGUUCAGCUCUUCCGCCAGAAUGCUUUGCGUCUGACGAAAUCAGGAGAGGGCAUGAGACAGCAGUACAUCCAAUCUAACUUCGCUGGCAAUUCCUGGUCUCUCUCAGGGAACUCUUCCAAAGACUUGCUGAUCACGAACAAAACCGUGGGAAACAGAUCCGAUAAUGAUAAAAUGUCCAGUAGCUACUGGAAAGUGGGCACGGGUCUUGAAGAAGGUCAGUUUGUCACUUCCGUUGACUCCGUUACUUCUGGAAACUCACAUGUGUUGGCUAUUGGCUCUGGUGGUCCCAAAUCCAAUCUUUUUAUCUACAGAUUAGGACAGGACGCCAAUGAAGACUUUCUUUUAACACACCAGAAGACCAUCACAUUACCAAACAUACACUCUCUCAAAUGGCUGAAUCCUGUUGACGAAGAAGAUGACCGCAGAUUUUUGCUUUCUGGUCACACACAAGGAACCGUCAACUUGACAAUGAUUCCCGAGUUUGAUAACGGAAGCGCUUCCAUUGUAAAGCGCUUCAACCACGCCAAACACCUUGAGUACCAGUUUCCCGCACAUGGAACGACGAUAGACAAUUUAAUGACAACACCGCUGUCGUGGAGAUCGUGCACGCUAAAUUCGAUCCUUUCUGGAUACUCCGGAAACAUUUUCCUAUGGGAUUCGUCACGGUCUUCUGUUCCAGUGGUGAAACUGAAAAUCAAGGGCUUAUCUUAUUUUGAUGCUUCUCUAGCUCACGAGUCAAUGCUGGCAUUAGCAGGAGGUUUUGGAAUUUCAUUGUUAGACCUAAGGUCCGACAAACGUGAAUUUCACAGGCCGGGAGAGUCCACCGGGGCUGCAUGUCGCGUGAGGUGGUGCGGUUCAGCCAACGAAAAUCUGGUUGCAUCCGCUCAUCUCGAUAACACCGUGCAGAUAUGGGAUAUCCGCAACAGCGAAACUCCAUUAUCAUCCCUAGUAGGCGGUCACAAAGACCAGAUCACUUCCCUGGAGUGGGAUGGUGAGUGCGUGAUCACAGGAUCGAGAGACGGCACAAUCGUGAAUUGGGACACACAGUUCAACACCUCAGUGGUUGGCCAAAAGUGUACUCUGAGGCAAGGUGCCAGCUCCGUGUUUUUAAAAACGGACAAAGAUGGACAGAUCGUUGAAGACAAGGAGCAAUAUACUAAUGUCAGACAAUGUGGUACUCCGAUCCCAGCCUCUAAUACCUCUAUUGUGGCAUUGGCACAACUGACACAUCCAGAAAAGAAUUGGGUCGUCAGCAUAGACGAAGCGUCGUUCCUUGGAAUCCACGGAAAACGUUCAUCAACUACUGAGGAAGACCCCACAACUCCCGUUGAUACUCUCAACGAGUUUGAGUUGCCUCUUCCAGAAACGAGACUCGAAGAGAUAACAUUUUUGAAUCGUUCUAGUUCAACUCUGGUUGAGGAAGACAACCUUUCUACCUCAAAGCCACCCACAACUCCUCCCCUCAAAAUCCACAAGACAAUUGAAAGGAAGACUUCAGAGUCGACUCUUAUUGAGUUUGUGAAGGAACAGAAUAUACCUGUUACGAUGUUCCACAAUUUGCCUUACAUAUGA